AGGGGGGUCACUGGAAUAUUGCACGCCUAGUCCAAACAAUGGCUUCAAAAUACUAUCCAACUGAUUCUCAAAAUGAGGAGUCUAAGGGAACACAAGUUAUAGUGGUGGUGGUACCAUUUCCUGCACAAGGCCACAUCAAUCUCCUAGUCCAUAUGUCUCGGAUCAUCGCGUCCUACGAUCUGCCUGUUUAUUUUGUGGGUUUGAGCGUUGAUAUUGUAACUGCCAAACAACGCAUUCAAGGAUGGAACCCGAAGGACUGCCCAACUCUUCAAUUCCACGAGUUCCCAUCACCUCCCUCAUUCCAGUCUAUCACCAACCCAAACAAGGAAUUUAAAAGCUAUACGGAAAUGGUGGCUUCCUCGAUGAGAGCAGCCACAUAUUUGCGCGGCCCAAUAAGAGACCUUCUUUGGGAGUUAUCGGGCAAAUGCAAGAGGCUAGUGGUGGUCAACGACGCCCUAAUGAUUACAGCUGUGCAGGACGUCGCUUCAAUACCAAAUGCAGAGGCUUACAACUUCUAUGUGGGGGCAGCUUUCCAUGAUGCCUCGCUCGUGUGGGAAGUCGGGCGUAAAGUUCUCCACGUGCCAUCUAUUCUUUGGAAGUUGUUAGGCAAGAUCAUUCUUCCAUCCGGGGCUAUAAUCCCCGAUGGUCUCCCGACUCCACAGAGCUGCUUUCCACCCGACUUCUUGAAGUUCAUUGUGGACCAAAGAAAGAGCAAUAACUUCUCCAAGGGGCAUCUCUUUGACGCUUGCAGAGCUGUGGAGGGUCCGUAUCUAGACCUACUCGCGAGAUGCUAUAAGAUCUUACGGAAAGGGGAAGUUUGGGGAAUCGGUCCGUUCAACCCGGUAGUCACGCAAUCAUCCGAAACGGGCAACUCAACAAACCGGCACAAUAGUCUCGAGUGGCUUGACAAAAUGCCUCCAAAGUCCGUCAUUUUCGUCUCCUUCGGGACUCUCACAAUUUUUUCCAACGACCAACUAAACGAGCUAGCAUUAGGGUUGGAACAGAGCGGGCAGAGGUUCAUCUGGGUAGUGAAAGACGUGCUGAGAGGGGCACAUGGUAAGAUAGGUCUGCCCGAAGGAUACGAGGAGAGAGUGAAAGGAAGAGGCCUAAUUCUCCGGGACUGGGUCCCACAGUUGGAGAUACUGGACCAUCCUUCGACGGGUGGGUUUUUGAGCCAUUGCGGGUGGAACUCAUGCAUGGAAAGCAUAUGCAGGGGAGUGCCUCUAGCCACGUGGCCGAUCCAGUUCGACCAGGCCAGGAAUGCCGUUCUGUUGACGGACAUUCUGAAGAUUGGGAUCGCCGUCAAAGAUUGGGAACAGAGGGAUGAUUUAAUAUUGGCGGUGACGAUUCAAAAUGCCGUGAGGAGGCUGAUAGCGUCUCGAGAAGGAGAGGAGCUGAGGGAGAAGGCGGCAGAAUUGGGCAGAGCCGUGAAGCAAGCCGUAAUGCCCGGGGGCGUUUCUCGCGUGGAGAUGGACAAUUUUAUUGCUCAUAUUACACGGAAUACUUAGAAUUUGUUCAUAUCAACACCAAUUGUAAUAAUAAUAUGCGAAUUUCUUAGCUCAUUAGGAAAUGUAUAUUCCUGUUUUAUGUUCUGUUUUCUUUUUUCAAAUUUUUAGUAAUAAAUAUUUUUGGGUACAUCAUAUUUUCAUAUUAUACACCAUGUAUUCUUACAUGUAUUAAACCGACAGAGAAAUUAUCUCCUGCAGCCUACGGGAAA